AUGGUUAAGAUUGCAAUUAUCACUUACUCUACCUAUGGACACAUAGACGUUUUGGCGCAAGCCGUUAAGAAGGGUGUUGAAGCAGCUGGUGGUAAAGCAGAUAUAUACAGGGUCGAAGAAACUUUGCCUGAUGAAGUCCUGACUCAAAUGAACGCACCUGAAAAGCCUGAUGACAUUCCUGUGGCUACUGAAGAGACAUUGAUCGAGUACGAUGCCUUCUUGUUCGGUGUUCCAACUAGAUUUGGUAAUUUGCCUGCUCAAUGGUCUGCCUUUUGGGAUAAAACCGGCGGGUUAUGGGCUAAGGGCUCUUUGAGCGGUAAAGCAGCCGGUGUUUUCGUCAGUACUUCCACUUACGGUGGUGGUCAAGAAAGUACCGUUAAAGCCUGUUUGUCAUAUCUAGCUCAUCACGGUAUUAUCUUUUUACCAUUGGGCUACAAGAACUCCUUCGCCGAAUUGGCAAGUAUAGAAGAAGUUCAUGGUGGCUCUCCAUGGGGUGCUGGUACUUUGGCUGGUCCUGAUGGUUCAAGAACUGCUUCUCCAUUGGAAUUGAGAAUUGCUGAAAUUCAAGGUAAGACAUUCUAUGAAACUACAAGGAAACUUUUCCCUGUAAAGGAGGCCAAGCCAUCUACUGAAAAGAAGGCAACUGCCUCUGACGCUGCUAAAAGACAAACCAAACCUGCUGCUGCUGCAACUGCAGAAAAGAAGGAAGAUAAAGGGUUGUUGUCUUGCUGCACUAUUAUGUAA